AGAGGCAAGCUGUCAGGACACGUACAAACGCUUGACAGUUGUACCGUUCACAGAAUUGAAAUGUUACAGCACAAUGGUGGCUGGAUGCACACCAAUCCCUGACGCAGCAUCACUCGAUCUUCCCAGCUGUCCCACGCCAUUGGUCCGUUGAAUCGAAUGCGCGUGCACGUGGUAUUAUACGACACGCCCAUUCCCACGUACGCUUGCCCCAGUAAGUACAGUAAUAGAGCGUCGCGACUCAGACGCCAACUAAGUAAGGUGUAAGUGAGUGUUUCGUGUAUGUGGCGUCGCGUCAAUGCGUGUCAACCAUAUAAAACGCGAGGGAUUUCGUGCUCGGUUCGGAUGAAAAUCGCUUGAUUUAUACUCCUACAUUGAUGGCAACGAUGAUGAUGGACAUUGGAAUGUACGGACAUCAUAAUCAACACAGCUCCUCGUAUAAUCCGACGGAAAGUAAUUUCUACAACUAUGGUGGUGAUAUGUAUCCACAGACUCAUAUCAUGAACCAUCAGAUAUCAUCAUCUCAUUAUGGUACGUCUGCUUACCACUACGAAGAUACUUCUUCAUAUAUGAAUGCUCCAGAAUCACCACCAUCUCCUCAGGAGAUGGGAUUCUAUCAAACUCAUAACGCUAGCAUGCCGACAGAAAAUCCAAUAAUCAGUACCGAAACUGGACUGAGUUAUACCAACUUGGACUACUCCAAUUCUGGUGGUACAAACUCGGUAUACCAACCGACGGACCAUCCUCACGGAUACGAACCAGAAACGUUUCAUCACAGGGUACAGUCUGAAGCUAUUUUGAGACAUCACGACAAUGUAGUGGAUCACGGAAGUCAUUUUUAUCAUGAGACGAAAUUCCAUCCAUCUCAAAUUGAGUCUGAUGGAUAUCCUCAUUCUCAUUUAGUACUGCCGAAUUCUCAUUCUUCCUGUAGUGAUUUCCAAAGUCAGCAUCGAUUCAAGAGCGAAGACUUUCAGACCUCUCCAGACACUGGACACCAACGGCAGCACCAUCUUGUUCAUCAUAUGGCGUCUGCAUCCCAUUCGGUUCCUUCCUUGCCAACUUAUAAAUGGAUGCAGGUUAAAAGGAAUGUACCGAGACCACAAGUUCCAAAAAUUCCGACAUCCUCAGAUUAUCCAACGUCAACCCUUUCUUCAGAACCAACCAGGGUAUCGUGUUUGGCUACAAACCAGUCAGUAAACUCGAGCAUGUUAGGCUUAAAUUGUCUCAAUUCAGGUCGUACAAAUUUCACCAAUAAACAACUAACAGAAUUGGAGAAAGAAUUCCACUUCAAUAAGUAUCUCACGAGAGCGAGACGUAUUGAGAUUGCUUCUGCUUUGCAGCUAAACGAGACCCAGGUGAAGAUUUGGUUUCAGAAUAGAAGAAUGAAGCAGAAAAAGAGAAUGAAAGAGGGACUUAUACCUCCAGAACCGCUUACUAAUAGUGUUACUAGGGCAACUAAUUCCAGCUCCCCGAACGGUUCCAGUCAAAAUAAUGAAACUAACGGUGAAAAUAAUAAAUCCAAUUGAAAGAAACUAUAAGGAUAGUGGAAUUGAUGGUUACCAUUAAUUAAGGUUUUGCUACCAAAGAUAAAACUCAGUUUAUUGAAAGGGACUGCAUUAAUUUGUUUGCUGGGAAUAAUGAACACUUUCCAUCCAGUGUAUUAGGCAUUAUAAUUUGAACAACUGGUUUAGUUUAUCAAAGACGUUUAUAUAAAAUUCUCUCCAUGUAAAAAAGAAUUGUAAAUAAUUGGAAGGAAGUAGAUUUCUUUCCUAAUACUUAUUUUAAUUACUUGUAAAUAUUAACUAAUACAAACUCAAUAUCUAGUCUACGAUAUACGAUAGUAACAACUAAAA